AUGUCCCCCUAUGGGAAGUGCUACAAAAUCAGCACCGAAAUUCAUAAAUACUAUUGUGCAGGAGAUGAUCUCGGAGUGUAUGUGCUGCGAGAGAGUGUGCUACGAAACAUGCAGAUAACUGCACCGUCGCUUGCAUGGCUCCUGCCGUCUAGUCUCUUCUGGAAACCAGACGAGGUCUUGGUCGAGACACACGAGAGAAACUACACUUGGAGCGAUAUGAAAGAUUUUUUUAACGAUAUAGACUACUCUGUGGCAUGGGAGAUGUGGAAGGAUGUCUAUAAUUACACCUUAAACUUUGCACCUCCUGGAGUAGAAGUUCAUUGUUUACACGGAUACAAUGUCAAAACUGUGGAAAGAUUACUAUACAAGAAAGGUGCCUUCCCAGAGGGCUAUCCCAGUUUCGUGAUCGGUGACGGGGAUGGGACAGUCAACAAGAGAAGUUUAGAAGGCUGUGUCCACUGGAAAGGGCAGCAGAAGCAAGGAGUGUACCACCAGACCUUUCCAGACAUGGAUCACAUGGAUGUCCUCAGGGACCCUCGGAUCCUGCAGUACAUAACGGAACUCUUCAAGUAUAAACUAUGAUGGUUGACAACCGAGUAGGUCUCACCUUUAGAAGUCAUAAUGGGGUCUCAAUUAGUAAUAGAAAAUUGUAGCAUAAGUAAGUUUUCAAAUGGUGUACUGAUAGUUUUAAAUGUAGUUUUCCUACAGAUUAGGAUGCCACAAAGAUAACUGAAAUAUUCUAUCUUACGUAUCUGAAGAAUUAAAAAAAUUUAGCGUUAAAAUGUAAUCAUAUUAUUUAAUCAAUUAUUUUAACAUAUGAUGCAUGAAUUUGAUAAAAUUUGAUCAGUUUUUUUUUUACUUUACUUCUUUGCCAAAGAUAGUCUUCUCUUCACACUAUCUAAUAUAUAGCAUUGAAAAACAUUCACUUACUGUAUCGUCAUUUGACUAAGUAACAUCUGUUAACGGAAAAAACUUCUCUUCAUUAUCUUUGUGAUUGUGUUUUUUUGCAUGUUAUUAUAUUUGUUAGUCUUAAGGUUUUGUUAUAGUGUAUAAUGGUAAUGUUAUUAUAUAAAAAUUGUAAUUGUUGGAUUCUAAUAGAUAUUUAUUUUUCUAUCUAGUUUAUAAAUCAUAUUUUUAAUUUUCAUAAUUAUACAGUUUACACUUAGGUUUUUUACAUAAAUAAUUUAUGCUUUACAUUCAAAUCCACCAUUUUUAAUAACAAACAACCCUGGAGUUGGUAGUCGUUCAAUUUUUUAAUGACACGGACCUCCGCUGUGAUGGCAGUCGUUCAAAAUUGAACGUCAUGACGUUGUCAAAUGAUUCAUUUAUCGUAACAUUUAAAAUCAAGUUUAGCGAUGAUAUUUAUGUACCAUUGAAAUGACGAAGAGUUGUUUUAUCAACACAAAAUAUUUUUUACUCUUAUUCUUCCUUCUAAACUGGUGAUUCGUGAUAGUUUAUCAUUAUGUGUCAAGAGUUGCCAUCCUUGUCUGCUAAGGCUACGCUUACUGUGUUUUUAUUGUCGUUCUGUAAAAGAUUUAUGUCAGUGGUUGAAUUUGAUAUAUUUAUCACCUGAAGAACUGUCCUAGUUCGUUGUUUGAGUGACAAAAUAGGAUGUAAUUGUUUACUUUUGUUUCAACUUUCUGAAAGUUUUGGAGUUUUGCAGUUAAGAGAAUCAAGGUCUAUCUCACUAACCCUUGUUUUCAAAUAUCUUGAUGUUUUGUCUUAAUUGACAAAAGUCUAUCUUGUCACUUUUUUAUACUAUAUAUUUACUGCAUGUUGGAAAUUUUUGAGACAGAAGUGUUAGUAUUUUGCCAGUGAGUGUAUCAAUCACUUGUUUUGAACCUAAUCAUUAAAUUUGAAAACAGGCCUAGGUUGGUGUAAUAGCUUAACAAACAAUUUUUUGUUGUAAUAACCCCAUACAACUAUAUAUUUUUCUGAAACUAGGCAGUUUUUUUUUUUAAUCUUUUAGCUAUUUUGGAAUUAUUUAUUUCCAACUUUAUAUUAAUUUGCUAUACAUGGUCUACCCCAAAAUAACGUACAUUUUUGUUUUUAUUUCAAGUUUCACCUAAUCUAAAAAAUAUGUAAAUUGAUGAGUUUUAUUUAUUAGUGUGUUAUAUUAUUCUACGAAUAUUACUGAAUAAAACAACAUAUAACAUCAUUAUAAAAACACAGCAUUUGUAGUGUAGAGAUAAUUUAGAAUAAGUGCUUGCAAAUGAAGCACAAAUAGCCUGCCACUACAGAUUUUUAGCUGCCAGCUCCAGGGUUAAAACAGGGAGUUCAUUAAAUGUUGUGAUAGCAUACCUUAAUAAUUAGUGACCUUGAGCAAUACAUGGAUCAAACAAUAUUAGUUUGAUAAACUAGCAGAGUUUCACGAUCCAAUUCAUUAAAGUAUCGAACCUUGACCUUUACUACAGCAAGAGGCCAUUGGACUAUGACUGAAUUGUACUUCCACAACUACAUGUGUCUUUCAUCAUUCAUAAUGUUCAAUAAAUAUAACACACAGCAGAAUAGUGUAUUUGUUUGGUUUACAUUUACAAUCAUGUUAUGUAUUGUCAAAGAUAAGUAUUUUAUUAAAUAGAUUGAAUUUUGUUUGUAUUAUUUUCGUACAAGAACAUUUGUUGAAACUCGCUAUUUAUAUCAUCUAUUAAUUUUAUUUAUAUGAGCUGCAGCUAAUACUUGAUUUUUAUGAAUGUGCUUAACAGCAAUACAGUAGGAAUUUAGUUCAAUUUUGAUCCAGAAAUAGUUGAAAUUCAGGUGCUCUUCUGGUUGGAAUUCUCAAUAAACAAGCGUUGUAUGUACUUCUUAGUUUAUUAUGCUCUGAGGAGAUUUUGCCUAAUUUUAAUAUUGUGUGUGUGUAUGGUAGGUUUUAUAUGGGGGAUAGAGAAAGCAUAGAGCCAGUUAGCAUUUCCAAUUUAUAUAAUUUUUUUUUCUUGGGAAAGAAAAAAAUCACUGUGGGUAACAAAACGAAAUAUUUUGUACUGACAGCACUUUACCAAGAAUAGAAGAUAAAUGUAUCUUUCUUCUUGGGCAAGAAAUAUUUCAUUGAUAUUGUGUGUCUGCAGUGUGUUUCUCAAGGACUGUAGACCCACUUUUGAAAUUGGAAAAGGUACAACACUCUUCUUGUACCACCCUUUUUAGGGUUUAUAAUUUUCUCUGUUAACUGCACACUCUCCAGUCGAUUUCAAUGACUGGGGAACACUGGAACUAACAGGAUGUUUUUAUGUAUUUAAGUAUCACUAGUCAAAUAAUUGUGGUUUAUAUGUUCUAUGGUAUUUUGUGCCAAAAGUUAUUGUUUCCUAUUUUUAUUUUAACUGUAUCUUCAUAAUCGUGUUUGUACACAGAAUCGUUCUGUAGUUACAUAAAAAAUAAUAUUUUUGAAUAAUUUUCUUUUAGGUUUUUUAUUGUUCAAGUUUAGUUUUAAAAGCUAUAAAACACUUUAAUAAGCAGAAAACUGGGUUUCUUGCGAUUAUUUAUUAUUAUUUAGAGCAUAUUAAAUUGAGAGAUUUUAAGUGAAUUGAACUCAAGUUUAUAUAAAUACUAGCAAGUAGCAUCUUUUUACAAAUAACAUUCAUAAUGAUAUUGUCAAUGAAAAAUGAAUUAUUUUCUUUAGUUUUAUUGUGUUAUUUUGUGGGAACAGGUUGUUUAAUUGUUUUGUAUUGUUUUAUUUAUUUUACUUAUUCACAAGAGAUUUUGAAGAUUACUUUCAUGGUAAUUUUAUAGUAUGUUUGUAGUAAAAUAAUAAUAUGAAUGAUUUGAAGGUUGUGUCAAGCAUGUUUUAUUAGUUUUAAUUCUUAUAGUUUUAUUUUUGUAUUUUAAAUUUUGUCAAAUAAAUUUGUGAUUUAUUUA